UCGGCCUACGCCAACACUUCAGCCGGAGAAGGAGUGAAUGUGAAGGAAGCCAACAAAGAGGUGAAUGCUUUACUGCGCUCACCGCCUUACAUAUCUUUUGGAGCUGGAACAUUAUAUGAUGGUACGAAAAGCAAUGGAAUUGGCAUUCCAUCACUAAUCGAAAAUCCGGCUCUGGAUACAUUCGAUCCCAGUAAUGCUCUACGAAGCGCCGGAAGACUUGAACCUCUUAGUAUGAAUACGAGAGACAACAUUACAAAUUCAUUCGUAGCACCGGGUACGUUAAAUGAAGAAGGAAAUAGAGAAGGAAAUUUGAGAACUGGUGCAUUUCUGGCUCCAAAUACGUUUACAUAUCCUCAUACCAGUGGGUCGUUAAUCAAUCCUGGGUAUGGAAUCUACUGGUUUAUGAGUCCACCAGGACCUAGCCAACCAGGAGAAUCAGUAUACUUUUAUCUACCUCCAGCGGGAAAUAUUCAUCCUGUCCCCUCAGCCUUUCCACAGCCAGAAAUAUGUUGUCCUGCAGACAGUCGACGUUCUUUUGAGACUAUGACUGAUACCAGCGGUGCAAUGGGCGCCGUUGCUGAAGCUACGGGACCAGAAGCUGAAAAGGAAAAAUCAGUUGACAUUCAUCCUGCAUUUCUUUUACAUUCGCCCUUACCCAGUUUCCUCCAGCCAAACCCUGUAGCUGAACUAGGUUCUAAAGACCGACAAAACAGGAUUCAACAACAAAAUCUGCAUACAAUGCAACUUAUGUACACUGAUCAAGUCAAUUCACCUGGAGCGCAGCAAGCCCAAUAUCAUAAUUAUAUUCAGAGACAGCAGUUACCUCAAAUUCAUUCUCAGCUGGAUUUGACACUUCCACAAGGUCCAGCAUUGCUACAAUGUCCAUUAGGUGAUACUGGAGGCCUCCUAGCCCUCCCAACGGGAGUUUUACCAAGUCAAAUGUUGGCAUCUGGUUUAUUUGACCAAGCAACUAUCCAACCAGGAGCAGCCGUAUAUGCAAACGGAUCGACUGAACUGAUAAAAAACCCUGAAGUUGGACAAAGGACCCAAUCGAUGACAGGUCGUCAGCCCCGUCAGUCUGAGUCAAGUCUAAACGUAACAAGCCUCCCAGCAAAUAAUGACAGUCGUCUAUUACCAGUAUCAUCCUCAAUGUUUUCUUCUACGAUUUCCAAAGCUUCAAGUCUGACUGGAAAUCAUUGUGCGCAAAUUCCAGAUUCCAGAGCUGAAGGAGCCUUGACUAGCCUAUCUGCACUCAGAUCAAAUAGAAGCGAAGAUGGCUGCAUAGAAAAGCUGGAUAAGUCAAACUCAAACCUAGAUUAUGUAAAAUCAGAAGCUAUUGGGAACGUUCACACUUCUACAUCAGUAGUGCAAAGACCUAAGAGGGUAUGCAAGCUUUAA